AUGUAUCGCUGUACCACUGGUGGAGGUCCUCGAGUUCCCUACCCCAAGCAUGUCUGGUCUCCAGCUGGUGGUUGGUAUGCACAGCCAAGCAAUUGGAAAGUAAACACAGCGAUAUUUAUGGGUGUUAUCUUCGGUAUCACAGCUAUGACAUGGAAGCUUAGCGCCGACCGAGAAUUCCGACAUAAGAUGCCAGAGCCAGACCGAUUCUACCCAAGUCGAUACUGGAGCAAGCAAAUAAGGGAGCAUGAAGCGGCGCAGAAAGCGAAGAAGACCGAAAAAGAAUCGUCAUCAUAG